AUGGCUAACCAACCACAAAUUGUAAAAGAUUGGAGUAGUCUCCCUGUUGACAUCCUCUCCCUAGUCCUUCGAGGCCUAAACAAAACCGAAACUGACCGUCGUAGGCUGCGUAGUGUCUGCACCUCUUGGCGUGCCUCUCUUUUUCCUCCUAACCCCCCUCUGCAUUUCCCUCUUGAGAGUGUCUUUUACCUCAUUUCUAAACCUGCAGAAACUGAAACCAGCAGUACCAGUACUGAUGUCUGGCUCACUCGAGUCGAUGAAAUGUCAGGCCCUUUUCAUACAUGGACACUUCAGAAUCCCAUUUCUCCUGCUCAUGUAUUUUUACCAAUGCCAGAUUUCAAAGCUGAGUUUUCUGAUGACAGUCCUAGAGCUGUUACGAUUGUUAUGCUUCCAAAAUCAGGCGCCACUGCUGAAAAUUACUCGCUUCUGGCUUUGUAUGUUGAUGGGAAUUUGGGGUUGUUAAAAUCUGGAGCAGAGGAAUGGGUUAUCAUCCCUUUCGAAAGCCAUCGUUUCAGUGAUGUUAUUGCUUAUAAGGGUGAAUUUUAUGCUAUUGAUUACAAGGGUAAGCUGAUAUCGAUUGAUCCUCGAACAUUCGAGGUGAAAACAAUUGCAAGGCCACAUUUGGAGGAAGUGGAAAGUGAAGGGUUUAUGAUUUGCUCCUAUUUGGUGGAAUCGUGUGGGAAACUUUGCCUGGUUAACAAAGUUGUUAACAUGAGUGCCCGUAUUAUGGAGGCUACUUUCUAUGACAAGGUAAAAAAGAAGUUUGUCAUUCAUGACUACUUGAGUGAAGUAGGAGAACCACUUGAGUUUAUGGUAUCUACCUUGAGCUGUUCUUGCUCGAGCUCACCAAAUAGCGAAAAGGAGUACUAUUGGGAGACAGUGAAGAAUCUAGGAGACCGACUGUUGUUUGUGAGCGAAUAUGUAAGCUUCUCUCUAUCAGCUCGAGAAAUAGGUUGGAGUCGAGGGAAUUGCAUAUUUUUCACCCAAGAAGGAUUCAAGGGGCAUGGAUACUACUGCUAUGGAGACGCGCAUUGUGAUGAUAUUGAUCACAGCUAUAAGUCAGAGUUGCAAAUGUUCAGCAGAUUUUGUGGACUCCAUACUUUGAAAGACGGCCGAGUGAUGACUGGUGUUGAUUUGCCUUCCAAGUUUACCAAGAUUUUCUGGCCUAUGCCUACUUGGUUGGCCUCCAAUCCAAUCCUGCCGUCUGACAAAACUGAAGCUGAUGCUGUUUCUUUUUAG